CAAAAACCCAGAAAAUAUGAGAAAAUAUGGGGACUAUUUUUAUUUGUGUGUAUUUAUUUGUGUGUCCUAAUUUCCCUUUAGAAGCGUGCCGUCAGGCAGCUGGAGGACGGGCCGGUUGGUGUGCUCUGGAGGCGGUGAUCAGAUGCACGUCCGCGUUUUUACCUGCCAAAGUCCAGCGGCGAUGCCGACGGCCGCUUCGGCGCACGGGUCGGCAUCAGCGUUCAUGGCGACGCCACCGUGCGGGAAGAGCAGUCGAGCCUGUGGUUGCCGGGCAGAGAAGUCAAUCGCGCCAUGGUGACGUGGCCUCGAGGUCAAAACGCAACACGCUUCCAGCGAGCCAUGACCUACGAGGAUGUGUCUGAGCCGCUAAAUCCAGCGCUGCACUUGUUCGACGGGUGUUGCAUGCCCUACUUUAUUCGAACCCCUGUGCACGCUGUGAAGAUCGACGCCGCCGCAGUGGGCAUAGUGAUUACCAUGCACCCUGCAAUCUGGAAGGUUGCAUCGACUACGAUUUCACAUCUGAUGGGCAAGCCCCCGUUCUCGCGCCACUGCGGCCCUCAUGAGGCAGCUGGGCCUUGGCUGACGGGCUGGAGUAGGAGCACAGCCUUUCACGACGGCGGCUGCCGUAAAAUGACUUCCGCGAAUCUCCAGGGUUUGGAUUCCAGAGCUACCGCGCUAGAUCCAGUCAGCGCCGAGGCGUCAAUGGACGAGCUCAUGCAGUUCGCGUUCGAACGAUUCGCCGCGGGUGUACACGAGCAUGGCGUGUAGAACAGCGCCAGCAUGAAUAGGAAUGUGAAUGCUGCGCGGGGGUUCUCAAGGAAUUUCGCGAGAUUUCCACACGACUACGGGCCUUGCCCGUUGCCCACGCAGAGCUACCUCUUUUCCGCGACCGAUGACUCUGGAUAACCGAUCGAAUGGGACGUCAUUGCCAAGGUCAAGGACUUCGAUACGCAAUGGAUUUUUCUUGGGGCGGUCGUCGGAUCAAACUUUUCACAGCCGAAAGAGAGCAAACACCAGCGGCAGCGUGGGGCUGACUCGGAGAGUUGUGGAUGUCUUGCGGCAGGACCUUGAGGUAGUGUGCCGGGUAUGUCAAGUGUAUCUUCCGGACUACGUGUGUAUGGGAUACACUGUUCCUGAGCAUUGUUGCGCUCGCAAGUGUGCGGAGGUGCCCAUCAAUAUUCCAGACGAUUUGCUGACGGCUGCGUGCUGAUGUGGCGUUCUUGUGGUAUAGGGCGAGCCAUGCUUCAGACACCUAUUCUGGAGGAGCUCACCGCGCUGCUCCGAAUCUUUUUUCUGGCCAUCACCAUCUGCAGGUUCUAUGACAAGUAGCUUGCUCUUUUCUGGCUUGACAUUCUUCACCAACCGCUGUGCGCGUUCGGUUUCUCAUCCUGCUUUCCAUGAGCUGCCCCUGCGAGACUCGAACUUCCUGUGUUCCAGCUGGCCCCGCUCUCGCCGGAGCCCUCUCGUCGGACCCCGCUGCGUAGCGCCCCAUCGCUGCCGUCUGACACGGUACAGUCGACUGCAUCCCCUGCUUUCAUAGAUCACGCCUGGCGGGACCGACGGGGCGCGGCCGCGCAGCGCCUCCACCGCGCGUUGGGGGGCUGGGGCGCCCCGCGGAGGGGCCGAUGGUGCAAUGCGGGAGGGAGACAUGGCUGCACACAUUGGAAGGGACCUCUCAAGCUUUCGUCAGGGCUGCGCAGUGUCCAUAAGAGCAAGAAAGCAGCUGAGCACAGGAGGGCGUGCAGGCAGCUACGGAGCUCGAACAUGCAGAAGCAAGGUGCGGACGACGCUGCACAGCCCUAGGAGAGCAGAGCAUUGACAGCGCGAGCACCAAACUGCGGGACGGAGACAUGGCUGCUUGCGGGAGAUCGGCCCGGCGCCCCCGCUGCGCUCGCCUCCCCC